AUGAUUGACACAGGCAUUCGUGUCUCAAAACUCCCAACCUCGUUUCGCGAAGCUAUUUGUGUCGCGCGUGGGUUAGGAAUCUCCUAUGUAUGGAUCGACUCCCUAUGCAUCAUUCAAGACGACAAAGAAGAUUGGAAGGCUGAGGCGCGGCGUAUGGCCAUUAUUUACGACAACGCUACUCUCACGAUCGCCGCCAAUGACGGCCUCAAUAGCCAUGCAGGGCUGAUUGUUCAUAAUCCCGAUCUCCAAAGUGUCAACACGCUCGACUCCCGAGCUUGGGUGUGCCAAGAACGGAUGGUGUCGCCCCGCUCCCUUAUCUUCACUGAAGGUUCUGCGAUCUGGGAGUGCCGCGAAUGCGACGCUUCUAUUGACAAACCUGAACUCAAAGCCAGGAGAGUGCGGGGUGUAGAAGAAACUCCUACCCACCCGAAGGAUAUCUUUGCUUUCUUCAGAGACUGGCGUCUGCCUCUUAAAAAACAGGAGCCGGCAAGGAUGAUUCAGUUUGACGAGCAAGAGGAGGGAUCUCAGGCAAGCAGAGAAUCUCAGCAGCUUGUUUUUCAUGGCGAAGAUGAUAAAUCUGUUGAAGAUAAGGAACCCUCGACAAAUUUGCAAGGGGAUCAAGAUCAGGAUGGUCAAAGCAACACAGUUAACGAUGCCCCCAGCGAGGAAGAAAUCCCGGAGAACGACUUUGAAGACCAAUACAAGAAACGUUUAGUCCUUACUCCCGAUGGCAGAAAUGUCUUGAUGCAAUUUGAAGAAUUUCAAGUUGACGAAGAUGAUGACAAUGAGUCUCAGCCAAGCAGAGAAUCUCAGCGGAUUCUUGAUGACGAGGUAGAUGAUAAGUCCGAUGACAUCGACCUUGAACCUUCAGAAAACCAACAAUGGGAAAUCAGUUUCAAUGGCAGAAAGUACUCUAUCGAAAUCGACCUGGCCAAUCUUGCCGUUGUAUCUCACCGCAGCGCAGGAGAUCCGGAUCCCGAUUACAAAACGCUCGGUCCUGUGCUGCUCCCUGGCGACCAGAACUUUGAAAAAGCAGUGAGCCAGGUAAAAGACAUCGUCUCGGCUUUUCCUAAACUUCGUAGAGGCCCUCUAGAUUACAUUAUACCCGUAGCGGUUCGUGAUCUCGAUUACGACUCUGAUGGCUUUCCUGCAUACACAGGCGGUUUACCUGGCCAUGCGGCAAAUUUGGGGGUCUUCUUAGAAGGCGCUACGAGGUCGAUAGGAUACAGCAACUAUCCACAAAACUUAAGAGAAGGCGAUCCAGACCCCUUUGGCGACUUCUUGGUUUUAGUAACCGACCUAGAUCGACCUCAAGAGGACUACUUCCCUUUCCUCAGGACAUGGUGGUCUUUCCUGUCGAACUACUCUUCUCUGUCUCUCACCUUCGGCUCAGACAAGUUCCUGGCCAUCAACGGGAUCACCAACGUCGCCCAGAGAUGGACCCAUCUACGGCCCGCAUUCGGUCUCUUUUGGCAUUUUAUGGAGAUGGAGCUGCUUUGGAGCGAGGCAGGAGAGCUGGCUAGUCCCAACAUGGUCUUGGGCAUCGACCAGAAAUGGGAGAGUGAAGAACGACGUCUAUACCCGACUGCCAAUGCGGGGGCACUGGGUUCAACCAACCGCUUCCUUUUGUCGCGUGGCGGGCCAGAAGAUAUCACACACUUGACAUAA